GCGCACUUAUUUGGGUACGACGUAUCUGGACGUUGCUAAAGGCGCGGUUGAGAUCUUUAUGAAGCUGCGUGCCCGAGACCCGGCUAGUAGAGGCGACAGGUACAUGCUAGUUACAUUCGAUGAUCCACCAUACGGAGUGAAGUCAGUGUUGGGCGGCUUCCCGGUGGCGAAAAAACGGCAUUUUUUGCUCCAAAUACCCGCAGACCCGGAGCUGCACUGCCUCCUAACAUCCAGCGGACAUUUUGCUUUUGUGUUGAGAAAAGUCUCGGGCGUUGAGAUGGAGGCGGAGAGAUUUAUUAUCGCUUAUGACGUCGCUUUUUUUUGACAACGUAAUGUUUAGAUUGGUCAAGGGUGCCGCCAAUCAUUUUGUGCUCCGCCCCGUACUUCCUCCACGUAAUAUUAUUGGCCAGUCUGGGCUGAAAGUUGAUAAAACCUCCUUAGUAUGAUUUUUUUAAUUUUAUGGGAGUUCGCUAGGAGAGAAUUAUCAUUAUUCAUAUGAUAGUAAUUUUGUGACUUCGAUACUAUGGUCAAAAUAACCCAGCAAUUAACCCCAUUAAGUUUUUAUGCACAUACCCAGGCAAAUAACACACAUGCAAUCUGUGAGUGAAUGCAAUCAUUUAAGGGGUUUGAUGUCAGCAUAGCUUUCCCCAACACCAAUCUAUUGAUCUGUUUAAUGUCCUGGCACACGUCUCUCCGUGAGCUUUUACAUCCCAAUAAAAAAAACACACCCCUAAGUACCUCCAUGAACCCCCAAGCUCCUCAUCUGCUUUAAUAGCUUGUCUGUUAGGAAUCUAAAACCCUGCCUAACUCUCUGUAAGCAUAAACAUUUUAAUAAUCCACUUUUACUAAUUUACUCUGUAUCAUCACAUUACCCUUUGAGUGCUGAAGAUGAUUUAAAUACUUUUUGGUGUAUUAUAAUAUUUAUUUAGUCUAUUAUAACUAAAUUAUGCAAAGCCAGAACUUGAAAGUAAAACAUUUCGUCAUUAACAUUGCUUGUAUGAGAUAAAAACACUGAUAUAAAAUCAUAUGUUAUUUUAUAUGUAGUUAUUACUAGAUAACAUAAAUGGCAAAAUGCACUUUAAAAACAUCACUUUUUGUGUAUUUGGCCGCGUGACUUCAAAAGCAGCUUUUUAAGAGUCCUAGUUCAAAAGUGACAACUUUCAAUCAAGGAAUAUAUAUUAAUUAUACGCCUUUAAUUUAAUGUUGAAUUUGUUUUUUUAUACAAACAUGCACACCUAAUGAUCAUACAAACAAUAAUAAUGCAAGCUACUUGGAUAACUGAACAUGUGCUCAAAGAAUACAUACAAUACAAUACCUGAAAACAUAAUGAUUUAUCUAUUUAGCCCAUCCUUUGUUAUUUUUUAUUCACAGGGUGUUUUACAUUUUUUUCUUUUAGAUAUAAUAUGAUACAUUGUCUCAAUAGACAAGCUGAUCUCAAUUUCUGAAAUUAAGCGAUAAACAAACUAGGUUUGUUGCUGUAUUGCGGUGCAUUUGGUAAACUUUAACCUGCCAAACAACGCUCUUUUUCAUUUAAAAAUAGCUGGAAUUUAAAGUGACAUUCUGUUGAAUGUAAAUGUCGACAGCUGUGCCAAAACUCAGAAUUGACCCUUUUAAUAUGUUAUAUAGACAUUUUCAGUAUAUUGCUGAAGUCAUGUAUUUUUUCCUACUACUGUAGGCGCCUGUAUAGGACAUUACAAAACAAUAUGAGUGUGUGCAGUGUUUCACAUGAUGCUUCUUACUUUCUUUCUUACACUUAUUGUCCUUGCAGUCCAGGUUAUACUCUAUUAUGUAUGUCAUUUUAGUCAAAAUGAAUACUCCGGUCCAGACAUUUAUGUAAAAAUCAUUUCUUUUAGUACAACUAGCCCAACAUCUAUGACCUCCAUAAUCAGUACAGUAUAUAGUAAAAUUAUCACCUCAGUAGAAGUACGGAGCAAUUCAUGGCAGUGUUAGGAUAUUAAACUGCAUCCGAUUUUUACAAUGUACCUAGUAAAAUGGCCAGCAAAUGUAAUUUAGGAUCUAAUUCUCUCUUGCAUAAAGAUACCCAGGUGCUGCGGUGUCAAGUGAUUUUCACGUCUUAUAACCGCUUGUCGCCGACUCCACUUCCUCGUGCUCUUCCUCUCUUUGUCUUUGUUGUUUGCCUGCGUUUUGUAUGGAGGAUUAUGAUGAAAGGACAAGGUUACACUGAAUGAGGCUACUCUGAUUGCAGAGUUACAGAUGCAAUAAAUUGUUGAUGUAGCAGCAGGGAGAGGAGGUUGGCUGGGAGGAAAAUAGAAAUAUUCUGUAUUCUGAAUUAUUGAGUGCGAGCUAAGCCCUAUAUUUCUGCAAGCCUACACAAAGAUCUAUGUCUGGGCUAUUACUUUGUGUGUUUCUACUUACACUUAUGUCUCAGCAUCUUUGUUAGAUUGCUUGUACGAUGGUAUAAUAUUUAUGUAAUGUCAUUCAUGUAACACUCUGAGCUUUCCUAGAAAUCCAGGCCAUGAUAUCCUAUCGUAAUCCAAAAAUCUACUCAUGCACUGGCCUGAUUCAGAGCAUACACACCGACUUUGGCCCGGCAAGCUUUUUCCUUCUUUCUUUCUCACUCUCAGUUAAAGGAAGUUGUAAGCUUGCAGGACAUCCUUAGAUUAAGCAUGAAGCUGCAGCAGUAUGGUAAUUGACCCAGCUUCAUAAAAGUCCAGGAACAUUUACACACCCACAUCUUCUCCCGUGGGAGCAGAUCUCCAUCACAGAGGACAAGGCUACUGUAGGAAGUGUAUUUUUAGAUGCUUGUUAUGUAUUAAAUUAGUAACUUUUCCUUAAAAGGCACCAUCCAUCUCAACCAUGGGGCUAAAUUAUCCUUAUUAUUAACUAAAUAUAUCAUAACCUGACCUCGUUUUUGUGUGUUAUAUGUUAGCUAGUACAUGAUGAGUGGGUCAGUAUGACUGUACUCCUUUUAUCAAAUGUGGCAGUCAUAGUUUGAAAUGAAUCAGCUCUUGUAAUUGCCAGUGAACAAAAUGGUUCUGUUUUUCUUUGUGGGUCCAUACUGGUUUGUGGCUCUUCACCAUGGAUCGUCUCUGCUACCAUGUGUUGCUGCUUGCUGUGCAGCGCACUCAUCACACUCUCAUGUAUUUCAGGCAGGCUGGAAGGAAAAUCAUGCCACUUUCAUGUGUGAGCUGAAGAAUCUGCAGGCAUCCGGUUUGACUACACUAGGUCAUGCUCUCCGCACAGCCUUUGACCUGCUGAACCUCAAUCGUCUGGUCUCCGGCAUCGACAAUUAUGGACAGGGCCGUAACCCCUUCUUCCUUGAACCAUCUGUGAUUAUCACCAUCACUGAUGGUAACAAGCUUACACACAGCUCUGGGGUGCCAGACGAGGUGAGAAAGAAUCCACUUACUGCACCACUGCUGCACUUGCCUCUGAACUCUCCUUUGGCAGGCAGUGAACUGACCAAAGAGCCUUUUCGCUGGGACCAGCGUUUGUUUGCACUGGUGCUGAGGCUGCCAGGAGCAGCCACACCAGACAACGAGCAGCUGGGUAGCGUCCCCACGGAUGAGUCUGCUAUCACCCAAAUGUGUGAAGUCACUGGAGGGCGCUCAUACUGUGUUCGAACACAACGGAUGUUAAACCAGUGUUUGGAAUCUCUGGUUCAAAAGGUUCAAAGCGGCGUUGUCAUUAAUUUUGAAAAGACAGGACCAGAUCCACCUCUUAUUGGGGAUGAUACCUCUGUAGAUUCGGGUCGACCUGUGUCAUCGUUCAGCCCACAGCUGUGGCACAGUUGCCACAAACUCAUCUAUGUGCGACCAAACCCAAAGACCGGGGUGCCAGUCGGGCAUUGGCCCAUACCGGAGUCCUUCUGGCCGGACCAAAAUUCUCCUACACUGCCGCCCCGCACUGCUCAUCCCGUUGUGCGUUUCUCUUGUGGGGACUGUGAGCCCAUGGUGAUAGAUAAGCUACCCUUUGACAAGUACGAGCUGGAGCCCUCUCCACUAACACAGUACAUCCUGGAAAGGAAGUCACCACACAUGUGCUGGCAGGUCUUUGUUAGCAGCAGCGGGAAACAAAAUGACUUGGGACAUCCAUUUGGUUACCUUAAAGCCAGCACCGCUCUCACCUGUGUCAACCUGUUUGUCAUGCCUUACAACUACCCAGUACUGCUCCCACUCCUCGAUGACUUGUUUAAAGUGCACAAACUAAAACCAAACCUCAAGUGGCGACAAGCCUUCGAGAUGUACCUGAAAACAAUGCCUCCAUACUAUGUCUUGCCCUUAAAAAAAGCAUUAAGGAUGAUGGGUGCACCUAAUCUUAUUGCAGACUCCAUGGACUGUGGCCUAAGUUACAGUGUCAUCUCAUAUCUAAAGAAGCUUAGCCAGCAGGCGAAGAUGGAAUCUGACCGUUCAAUCGUGUCUGUCGGUAAGAAGGCUCCUCAAGAAACUGGCAUAAAGGUGAAGAACCACUCCAGCGCUCUCUCUCUGGCCCACCGGCGUGAUUUUAGGCAGCUGCUGCAGGGAAUCACGGGGGAGGUCCCUUUGCGCCCAAUGGACAUUAACUUUAAGGAGUUUGCUGGCUUUCAGAUCGCCCUACUCAACAAGGAUGUAAAACCUCAAGCUUAUCGAAAUGCCUACGACAUCCCACGACGCAACCUUCUGGAUCAGUUAACCCGAAUGCGUUCCAAUUUGUUGAGGACCUCACAAAAGCUGAUUCGAGGCCAAGAUGAAGACUAUCUGCACAGUAUCCCAGUGGCUCAGAUGGGAAACUAUCAAGAGUACCUAAAAAUGAUGCCGUCUCCACUGAGAGAGAUUGACCCUGACCAACCUAAGCGCCUGCACACUUUUGGGAAUCCUUUCAAGCAGGAUAAGAAGGGGAUGAUGAUUGAUGAGGCCGAUGAAUUUGUAGCAGGCCCUCAAAACAAAAAACGAGCGAAUUCCAGUGAUUCCAACUUAGGCUCUUAUAUGAAAAGAAGGCGGAGCAUGUCUCCGUUGCUGCGGCGGCCACAGACUCCGCCAGGGAACAACAACCAUGUGGUGGGAAAGAGUGCAGCAGGGGUUCAAGGGCAGCAGAACCUCAUUAAACCCAUCCCACAGUACAAAGGAGGUGACAGCAACAGUCUAGUGGCAAUUGAGACCAAUGGCGAUGUGGUUGUUGGGCCUGACUCUGUGGAGAUCUGGGCUGUUGAGAUGGACCCUUUAUCAGAAACCCCAUCUCCAGUUACCCUGGAGGAGAAACCAGAUUUGGGAGCAGUGGAUCGGGAGGAGGACCACAACUUCAAGGAGGAGAGACUAGUGGAAGAUCAUUCAGAAGAACAACCACUGGAGGAGAAAUCCAUCUGUGAACGGCUGAGUCCACAGUGUCCACUUGAGGGUACGGAAUCUGAUCCCGCAGCGCUUGAGACCAUAUUCAUAGCCCCACUAGAUGGCAACCAAGCAGAACUGCGGACACGUGUCAUUAAGGAGGUUCGAAAACCAGGACGAAACUAUGAGGCAAUACUCAGACUACUGCAACAAGUAAAAGGGACACUUGAUGUUCAGAGGUACUUCAUCCAACAUGCCAUCAAAGAGGCUGUCAGGUUUAAGAAGCGGGUACUGAUCCAGCAGCUGGAGACUGCCCUCGCUGAGUUGGAGGCAAAGCAUGAAACAUGUUCACAGAUUACAAAUGAUCAUGGCAGAUAGUGAUGAAACAUCUUUGCUUUGGUAUUGAAAUACAUUUAGUUGACCAUUGGAUAUCACCACCAUUAAAAUGUCUUUUUUGGGGAAACUCCUGAACCAAGGGAGAAAAGUACAAAUGCACUGAGUAGAUGCUUCUACUGUCUAGUUACUGUUACAUCACAGUUGGAGUCUUGUGCUGAGAGGUAUUCAGUGCAGACCCACUAAUGAGAGAUACAGAGACAUGACAUAUAAUCAUUUUCAUAUUGAGAGAUGCCUCAACAUCCCCAAGUCCCUAUGGCAGACCUUUCUUCAGCUGGUCUGAAAAGUGUUUGUGAGACUCAGCAGUUUUCUCUCAGUAAUAAAAGUAAUGUAGUCUGACAAGUACUCUGAUUGUCCCAGGUACAACCUUUUUAGUGUUAAUCUGCAUUAAGAAUGCACUAAUGCUGAAGUUGAUAGUGUUAUCUACUAUUCCCCCAUUUCUGUUAGCUAAUACUGGUAAGGUUUAGCAUUAGGGUUGGGUAAUAAAGAUAAAAAAUGUAUGACUAUAUACAUAAACAUUUGAUUUUCUAAAUAAUCAUAAUCAUAAUAAUAAUAAUUGAAAAAGAAGAGUGUUUGCAACCAAAGUGCAAGAAAAAGCACAAACAUUUGAGCAUAUUACAUCCUCAUUAAUGCAUCAGCCAAAGAUUUGUGCUUUUCCCUUGUGGUGGCCUGAGUUCUUAAUGAAUGGAAAAAGGAUUUUGAGUGCAAAAUGCCUUUUCCUUUUCUGACUUUAAGAUAUUCUUUAUCUUGGCAUUGAAAAUUUCAUCUGACCACUAACUGAUAAGGAGCAAAAGUGAAUGUGUACUUUUGGCUGAUCCACUCAGUAAAAUAUUCCUCACGUUUCAUUUAUGCAACAGUCUUUUUAUCCACAAAGCCAUAUGAAAAGAACCAGCAAUCAUAAAUACUAGGCAACACAGCUGUUUCGUGUAUAUUAUGACGUUGCCCAACCCUAAUUGCGUUUUUAGUCAAAAUUCAUGUAACAUCAGGUCAUUAUUACAUGACUGUUAAAUGUUCAUGUUGCUUCCAUUUUAUUAGUGAUCAGACAGUGGUAUUGACAUUUUCCUGGGAACAAACUUCAGUCUUAUUAAAAGCUGAAAUAGGCCAGUAGGCUAAGGGUAAGGAUGUACCAGAGUGGUGGACUGGAACUAGACGUCUCCAUCAUGUUCACCAAAAAACUGAAAAAUAAAAGCUCCUUUAUUGGUUUAGUGGACACAGAAAUCUUCCUCCAUAACACAACAAACACUCCACUGAGUCAGGCUCCUUCUGCUGCUUUUUACAUGAACCCAUGUCAGCACUCCUUUUGUUCAGAUUUUUACGACAGAUGUACACUACUUUGUAAUGUUCAUAAGGAAUACAGAUUAUUUUUGUGAAUUUGUUUAUUUCAGAGUUUUAAAGAACUAUUUUAAAAUAAAUCUUUAAAGCCAAUUUUGUAAACUGUUAAAUACAUAUAUAAAGUGUAAAGUUUAUGAAUCUGCAUUUUUUUACAAAACAAAAAAAUAAACCACAGAUAGGAUGGUG